CCCCCGGCGCCCCCAGCCCGGUGCUGCACCGGCCCCCACCUCCGGGCUUCCAGAAAGCUCCCCUUGCUUUCCACGGCAUUCUUUGGGCGUGAGUCAUGCAGGUUUGCAGCCAGCCCCAAAGGGGGUGUGUGCGCGCGAGCGGAACGCUAUAAAUACGGCGCCUCCCAGUGCUCACAACGCGGCGUCGCCAGGAGGAGCGCGCGGGCACAGGGUGCCGCUGACCGAGGCGUGCGAGGACUCCAGAAUUGGAGGCAUGAUGAAGACUCUGCUGCUGUUUGUGGGGCUGCUGCUGACCUGGGAGAGUGGGCAGGUCCUGGGGGACCAGACGGUCUCAGACAAUGAGCUCCAGGAAAUGUCCGAUCAGGGAAGUAAGUACGUCAAUAAGGAAAUUCAAAAUGCUGUCAACGGGGUGAAACAGAUAAAGACUCUCAUAGAAAAAACAAACGAAGAGCGCAAGACACUGCUCAGCAACCUAGAGGAAGCCAAGAAGAAGAAAGAGGAUGCCCUAAAUGAGACCAGGGAAUCAGAGACAAAGCUGAAGGAGUUCCCAGGAGUGUGCAAUGAGACCAUGAUGGCCCUCUGGGAAGAGUGUAAGCCCUGCCUGAAACAGACCUGCAUGAAGUUCUACGCACGCGUCUGCAGAAGUGGCUCGGGCCUGGUUGGCCGCCAGCUCGAGGAGUUCCUGAACCAGAGCUCACCCUUCUACUUCUGGAUGAAUGGUGACCGCAUCGACUCCCUGCUGGAGAACGACCGGCAGCAGACGCACAUGCUGGAUGUCAUGCAGGACCACUUCAGCCGCGCGUCCAGCAUCAUGGACGAGCUCUUCCAGGACAGGUUCUUCGCCCAGGAGCCCCAGGACACCUACCACUACCUGCCCUUCAGCCUGCCCCACCGGAGGCCUCACUUCUUCUUUCCCAAGUCCCGCAUCAUCCGCAGCUUGAUGCCCUUCUCUCCGUAUGAGCCCCUGAACUUCCACGCCAUGUUCCAGCCCUUCCUUGAGAUGAUACACGAGGCUCAGCAGGCCAUGGACGUCCACUUCCACAGCCCGGCCUUCCAGCUCCCGCCCACAGAAUUCAUACGAGAAGGCGACGAUGACCGGACUGUGUGCCGGGAGAUCCGCCACAACUCCACGGGCUGCCUGCGGAUGAAGGACCAGUGUGACAAGUGCCGGGAGAUCUUGUCUGUGGACUGUUCGGCCAACAACCCCUCCCAGGCUCAGCUGCGGCGGGAGCUCAAUGAAUCCCUCCAGGUCGCUGAGAGGUUGACCAGGAAGUACAACGAGCUGCUGAAGUCCUACCAGUGGAAGAUGCUCAACACCUCCUCCUUGCUGGAGCAGCUGAAUGAGCAGUUUAACUGGGUGUCCCGGCUGGCAAACGUCACCCAAGGCAAAGACCAGUACUAUCUGCGGGUCACCACGGUGGCUUCCCACACUUCUGACUCGGACGUUCCUUCAGGUGUCACUGAGGUGGUCGUGAAGCUCUUUGACUCUGAUCCCAUCACUGUGACGGUCCCUGUAGAAGUCUCCAGGAAGAACCCUAAAUUUAUGGAGACCGUGGCGGAGAAAGCGUUGCAGGAAUACCGCAAAAAGCACCGGGAGGAGUGAGAUGUGAAUGUUGCUUUUGCACCUACGGGGGCAUCUGAGUCCAGCUCCCCGCAAGAUGAGCUGCAGCCCCCCAGAGAGAGCUCUGCACGUCACCAAGUAACCAGGCCCCAGCCUCCAGGCCCCCAACUCCGCCCAGCCUCUCCCUGCUCUGGAUCCUGCACUCUAACACUCAACUCUGCUGCUCAUGGGAAGAACAGAAUUGCUCCUGCAUGCAACUAAUUCAAUAAAACUGUCUUGUGAGCUGA